GAAAUCUUGUAAUUGUGAUUAAAAAUUUCCACAAAACUCGAAAUCCCACCAACCAUAAACACCCAAAAAAAGAAUAAAUUAAAAAGCUAGAAAAAUCAACAGUUGACGCCCCGUGGUUGAUCGCCGGUAAUUGGAUUAUCAUCCAUCCGCCAUUGUUGUCGACUUGAUCUUCGAUGGUAAACUUUCUCAUACAAGACCUAGAAAAAUUGAUUUGAGUGCGUCAGAUUACAAAGAGUUUUGGCUUCUCUGAAGUUUCUUCAAUGGCGAAAAAACUAGAACCCUCUAAGUCGAGGACAGUUCUAGAAUUUCUUGCGCACUUUGACCUUCCAUUGUCUUCACUGAAUUCUUUCAGUUCCAUUGCCAUUGUUACUCUCUCUGAUACUCAGAUUGUAAUUUACGCUGGAACUCAUUCUGGCUCUCUCCUUUUACUGACCCUAAACCCUAAUGUCGACCCAUCAUCUGGUGGUGACAAGGUGAAGCUUGUAAGAUAUGUAUCAAUCAGUCACUCUGCUAUUGAGUCCAUUCAUGUUAUUGCUCUAAUUGGUAAGAUUUUAGUUCUUUCAGAUGGGUUUUUGUAUUUAGUUGAUCUGCAAUUAUUACAACCCGUUAAAAGGUUAGGGAUUUUCAAAGGUGUUAAUGUGAUUGCUAGAAGAGUUUGCACUUCUGAAUCUGGAAAUUAUAGUUGGAUUUAUGAGGAGGAUUCUAGUAAUAGUAGUGUUGGUGGGAGGCUUAUAAAGAAAUUGAGUGUUGGAAGUAGAUCAAAAGGUUUAAAGAUAAAAGAAUUUGAUUUUGGCGGUGACGAUAAUGGUGGUGGUGUGGGUGCUUGCCUAUUUGUUGUAGCAAUGGUCAAAAAAUUGGUUUUUAUUAAGCUCAAUUCAGGUAGUGAUAAUGGUGGAGAUUCUGAUGGGCAAUACGGUUCGUUUUCGGUUUUGAAGGAAAUGCCAUGUAUUGAAGGAGUAAAAGCGAUAGCUUGGCUUGAUGAUUCAUUAUUUUUAGGGACUGAUAAUGCAUAUAGUUUAAUGUCUUGUGUUACAGGGCAUGUCAAUUUAAUAUUUUCACUUCCUGAAAUGUCGAUUUCACCUCCUUGUCUUAAAUCAUUGUCAAAGGAAAAGAAGGUUCUUUUGUUGGUUGAUAAUGCUGGUAUUAUUGUAGAUAGUUAUGGUCAACCUGUUGGUGGUAGCUUGGUGUUUGGUUGUACUCCCCUUGCUAUCGCUGAGUUUUCUUCAUAUGUAGUGGUUGCUGGUGAGGGAAAGAUGGAGUUGUAUCAUAAAAGAUCAGGAACAUGUGUUCAAGCUUUUUCGUUUGGCGGUGGCAUUGGAACGAGUAGUUGUUUUCUUGCUGACGAGGAGAACGGGAAUGGAAAAUAUGUUGCUGUUGCUACAUCCUCCAAGAUAUUAUGCUACCGUAAAAUACCAUCUGAAGAACAAAUCAAAUAUCUCUUGAGGAAGAAGAAUUUUAAGGAAGUGAUAUCAUUAGUUGAGGAGCUUGAGAUUGAUGGUGACAUGUCCGGUGAUAUGCUAUCUUUUGUUCAUGCUCAAGUGGGGUUCCUUUUGCUGUUUGACUUACAUUUUAAGGAAGCAGUUGAUCAUUUCCUAUUCUCAGAAACCAUGCAGCCAUCUGAGAUAUUUCCUUUUGUUAUACAAGACCCCAACAGAUGGUCUUUGCUGGUUCCUAGGAAUAGGUAUUGGGGUUUACAUCCACCCCCAAUACAUGUUGAGAAUGUUGUGGAAGAUGGUCUGUUGGCUAUCCAAAGAGCAGCUUUUUUGAAGAAAGCAGGAGUGGAUACUCCUGUAGAUGAUGAGUUUCUUUUGAAUCCACCAAGCAGGGCUGAUCUUUUGGAGUCAGCUUAUAGUAAUUUUAUUAGGUAUUUUCAAGUUAUGCGGGAUAAAGAUCUUAAUCAACCUGUGAAGGAAGGUGUUGAUACACUCUUAAUGUAUCUAUACAGAAUCCUGAAUUGCACCGAAGAGAUGGAGAAGCUGGCAUCAUCUGAAAAUAGCUGUGUUGUAGAGGAGUUGGAAACAUUGCUAGAAGAAUCUGGGCAUUUAAGGACCCUUGCUUUUCUUUAUGCGAAUAAAGGGAUAAAUUCAAAGGCCUUAGCUAUUUGGCGUGUUUUAGCUAGAAAUUGUUUAUCUGAUGCACACGAAGACCCUGCCGAAACUGGUGACUUGACUGAUUCAAAUACAGCACUAGUUUCCGGCAGGGAAACGGCAGCCAUUGAAGCUUCUAAAAUCCUGGAGGAGUCCGCUGAUGUGGAUUCAAUUCUGCAGCAUCUUGGAUGGAUUUCAGAAGUUGAUGAGGAACUUGCUAUUCGAGUAUUAACAUCCCAAAAACGUAUCAGUCCACUUCCUCCUGAUGAUGUAGUAGGUGCUAUCGAUCCAAGAAAAAUAGUGAUCCUACAAAGAUAUUUACAGUGGUUGAUUGAGGAUCAAGACUCUACUGACACUCAGUUUCAUACAUUGUAUGCUCUUUCUCUUGCCAAAACAGCUCUUGAAAGCCUGGAGACAGAUGUUUCUCUGCAUGCUGUCAACAAGAGCAUUAAGGGGCAAAAUAACUUUAUUAUUGGAAGGGAUUCGUUAUCUGAAAAUCCUGUUCGAGAAAGAUUACAGUUCUUUUUACAUUCUUCUGAUCUGUAUGAUGCUGAAGAGGUUCUUGAGCUGAUUGAAGGGUCAGAAUUAUGGCUUGAAAAGGCUAUUUUAUACCGGAAGUUAGGUCAGGAAACGUUGGUGCUUCAGAUAUUGGCAUUGAAGCUAGAAGACAGUGAAGCUGCUGAACAGUAUUGCGUUGAACUUGGUAGACCAGAUGCCUAUAUGCAGUUGCUUGAUAUGUAUUUGGAUCCUCAGAAUGGCAAAGAGCCAAUGUUUAAUGCUGCUGUUCGCCUUCUUCACAAUCAUGGAGAAUCACUUGAUCCCCUGCAAGUCUUAAAGAGAUUGUCACCUGAUAUGCCCCUCCAACUUGCAUCAGAAACUAUAUUAAGAAUGUUGAGAGCUCGACUUCAUCAUUAUCAUCAAGGAAAGAUAGUGCAUAGUCUUUCCCGAGCUGUAGACGCCGAUGCUAGGCUUGCAAGACUUGAGGAGAGAGCACGGUAUGUGCAAAUCAAUGAUGAGAGCUUAUGUGAUUCGUGCCAUGCUCGUCUUGGAACGAAGCUCUUUGCAAUGUAUCCAGAUGAUUCCAUUGUCUGUUACAAGUGCUCUCGUCGCUUAGGGGAAUCUACUUCAGUAACACGGCGUAAUUUCAAGAAGGAUAUAUUGAUUAAACCUGGUUGGCUCGUCUCCAGAUAGCAUAACGAGAGAUGCAUUCUGCUUAGGUUGCUGUAAUUUCGUUUGGGUCACUGCAUUCGUCGUUAGUUGCCUUUCGAUUUUGUAUUAUGGAGAUAUGAUUUGCCUGUGUAUUUUUAGAAUGUAAAAUAGUGUAUAAGUUGAGCUUUUAGUUGAAUAAAUUCAUCUCCCGAUCUGGAUUUAUCGUCCCGUUACCUUGUAAACAUUGACACCCCGUUGUUCAAUUUAUUAGUAACGGUAAUAAAAUUUUAGUGUAGUUUUGUUUCGAAAA